AUGUUGUUCAAAUCCUCAGAUCCUUGGCCGCAGUCGCAUCACGACUUGUUAGAUCACUACCACGCAAAGUACGACAAAGCUAUCGCAUCUGGGGAAUAUCAACCUUUUCUGUAUCCAUGGGGAACAAUCGGUGCACUUGUCGUCAUCAUAUAUCUUCUUAUCCCACAUCAGAAUCGGCCAUGGCUUAAGAAAUGUCGAUACUUGGCGUUUGCGUGGCUUAUGGGCUUCGCCUUAUACAGUAACCUAUACACAAGGACGAGAGCUGUAGCGCCAGCUUUGGGAAUCGGUCUAAUCAAUGCAUGGAGCGUGGCAUGGGUAGGAGCAAUCAUAGUAUGCAACGAUGCACAAACAGACUUUAUGAGGAUUGAGAGGACGGAAGGCGUUUUCGGGUCAGAUACGAAUCAGCCAAAAGAGAAGGACCGACAGAAUGGUAGUGCUGGAACCAAAGAAGAAGAGAUUAAACAUGCUGCAAAAGGCGACGUUGUCAACGGUUCAGUCGGGCCAAGAGACCGCCACGGCCAAUUCGCAUGGCAACCUUACCCGCUCAGGCCCUUUAUCGAGCGUCUGGACUGGGUCUUCGACAUAUUUUGCAACUUCCGUGGUAUGGGCUGGAACUGGCGAACUUCGGCUCUCCCUCCACCACCCAAAUUCAUCCAGGAGCAACUCCACGCCAACUCAGGCGACGUUGUGCCAAAGCACUCGUACAAGAUCCACGCUGGACAAGUAAAGCUCUACGCGGACCGGAAAGAGCUGCUAAGGAGCAACGCGUGGACAUUUGUGAAAGGUUACUUUAUCAUAGACGCAUUGAAGACGGCCAUGAUGUGGGAUCCCUAUUUCUGGGGCUACGUGGAUAGGGCGCCACCAACAUACCUUCCUUCCAUCCUUAGGAAUAGUGUGGUCCUAACGCACAUAUACCACCUGACCCUCUCCAUGCUUGCCAUCAAAUGGGCGCUUCAAACCAUCUUCUCCCUAGGGCCGCUCUUCUUCUGCGGUCUGCUCUCGCCCUCGCUCCUCGGGGCACGCGCAGAAUCCUGGAUGUACCCCGAAACCUGGGCGUCGUAUAGCGUUGUUCUAGAUAAAGGGUUAGCUGGAUGGUGGAGUAACUGGUGGCACCAAACCUUCCGAUUCGCAUUCCAGGAACCAAGCCGCAAGCUUGUUGAGGUGUUUGGUAUGGAUAAGAAAAGUCCUGCAGCCAAAGCAUUACAACUCUUCAUCGCUUUCUUCCUGAGCGGCUUCAUACAUGGUAGUGGGAGCUACACUUGCGCUGGCGAGACCCGGCCACUUCGAGGACCAAUGGCUUUCUUUCUCCUCCAAGCGCUCGGUAUCUUCGCUGAAGUCAGCCUAACGCAAGUCGCAAAAUCGGCUGGCCUAGGUCGCAACCUACCUAGUUGGCUGAAGAGAAGCUUUACCUUUUUGUACGUCCAUGUCUGGUUCUACUUCACAGCCCAUCUUCUUUGCGACGACUUUGCGCAAGGCGGUGUCUGGCUCUUCGAGCCGGUUCCUGUUUCUCUGUUCCGAGGUCUAGGAUUUGGCCCUGAUGCAAGAGAUGGGUGGUGGUGCUGGGGUGGACAACUGGUACGAUGGCAUAGCGGAGAUACGUGGUGGACGACAGGUGUUGCAUUUUAG